AUGCUCAAUCCGAAGUUCAUCAUCCUUCUCUGCGCAGUCGCUGUCCUCGGUCGGCCAUCCACCUUUCUCGAGCGCGCCGAACGACGCGGCUACCCUGCUAUUGGAACACCCUCUUCUACCGCCGCUGCCGCCUCUGGCACCGCGACGAGCGGAAACUGGGCCGGCCUCGUCCUCGAGUCGCCUCCUUCUGGCGAAAACUUCACCGAGAUCGCUGGCACCUUCACUGUCCCCUCUCUGGCGAGCAGCUCUUACACCGCCGCCUGCGCCUGGAUCGGCAUAGAUGGCUGGGAGGGCAGCACCACGGACGCCCUAUUUCAGGCCGGCGUAGACUUCUGGAUGGAGGACGGCGAGCUGACGUACAACGCGUGGUACGAGUGGGUGCCGGACUCAUCGUGGAACUUCACCGACUUCGAGGUCUCCGAGGGCGAUGUGAUGAAGUUCACCCUGACUGCGUCAAACGACAGCGCGGGCUCGAUUUCAGUUGAGAACCAGAGCACGGGGCAGUCGACCUCCAUCGACUUGACGGCGCCGCCCAUCCCGAACGCUAAGACUCACUUGGCCCUACAAAACGCGGAGUGGAUAAUGGAGGAUUUCUUCUGGUACGGACAAGUCCCUUUGGCCGACUUUGGCUCGAUCCAGUUCACCAACGCUUCGGCGAAGACUAACACCGGAACCAUCGUCGGGCUGAAGGACGCCACCAUUAUUGACCUCGUUCUCGAGAAGAAGACGCGUACGCAAACGACUGUCGAAAGCGAUACGUCUGCAACGAUCAAGUAUUUGGCGGCAUGA